UUGACCUUGUUCCCUCCCACUACAGUCUUUAAGACCUCCUGCCUGUCGGCGGCACUAAUCGCCCCUCGUACAGAAAACAUCCUCCUCGCAGCAGCUGGAAAUCCCCAUCAUUAUUCUGCCUUUAAAAGCAGCGCUCUGCGCCCAAAACAAGCCAGAUGUAGCGUUCUGUGCGGACUAAAAGGAGCGUAAAUCGGGGCAGGAGCUGCAUGUUCGUCGAUGGGAAACCUGGUGGGCAGCUGGCGUUACAAGGAGCCGAGCACCGUGGAGGAAUGCGACUCGACGUGGGGCUCGGACUCGGAGAUCGACGACCCGGCAGCGGAGGAGGACAGCGGGAUAUCCGAGUCCGCGAGCGCCGUGGAGAGCGAGCAGGCCGCCGGACACAGCGGAGACACCUCCCCGCAGGCUCUUUCCGUUACGAGAGCAAGGGCUCAACUUCUACGCACAUGAACUGACUCAGGAUGAGAUCAAAGAAUUCCAAAGCACUCGGGAAGCAAAGCGGAGAUUCGUGGCGGCGUACGCCUUGAUGUUGGACUUUUAUGGAGUCAAACUGUUGGAUAAAAAUGGAAACGUUGCUCGGGCCCCCAACUGGCAGGAACGCUUCCAGCACCUCAACGAAUCCCACCACAACUACCUGCGGAUCACUCGGAUCCUGAAGUCCCUGGGGGAGCUCGGCUUCGAGGGCUUCAAGGCUCCGCUCGUCCGCCUUUUUCUGGAGGAGUCGUUGUGCCACGGUACCCUGCCCAACAUGCAGCACAGCGUCCUGGAGUACUACGUCUACACCGUCCGCAUGCCGGCCACGCGCCGACGCCUGCUCCGCUUCGCCCGCCAGCACUACAGACCCCGCCACGCCUUCCUCUGGGGUCCACCUUCUAAGAAACGAGCCGGCGGCAGCUCGGGCGCCGGGAGCAGCGGGAUCCGAGCGCCCGCUCCGACGCCGGAGCACCACCGAUGGGAGGAGGGGAGCGAGGGCGCCGCUUUAUCUUGUAGCAGGGUCAAAGUGUCUUCCCAUGAUGCCAUUCUGUGCCAGGACCUGACCGGGUCAGGACCCAAGGGCUGCCCGGAGCUGGGUUCUAACCUGGUGGGACUGCAGGGGGCGCUGGUGGUCAUAGGUGGCAGAACGGAGAGGGACGAGUAGAGAGAGGCUCUCCUCUGUAGGGAACAUGGGCUUUUCCUCAGAUCUACCAGGUUAGUGAAAAUAAAACUACAGGAGAACCAAGUUUCAGGACAAUAAAAUGACAAAGGUCUCAAACAUGAGAUUAGGAUCAGUUCAGAUUAAGGGCUUAUUAUAAAUUAACUACAAAACAAACACUUUAGAAACCUCUGAGCCAAACUGAAACUUGUCUAAUAAAUUUCUAAAAUCCAUCGAAACCAGUUCAGACUGAAUCUUCUGAAGCUGCUCUCCUAAACCAGCUGAGGUUUCAGUCUGAUUACUGAAACUGAUUGUUUUAAGGAGCUCUCUGAUUCCUUACAUGUAACCAGAGCUUCAAAUGGAGCGAGAGGUUUCUAGGUGCUGUACAGAUGAAGUCAACACAUGGAAGGAUGGUCGGGUAGAUUUGAUUUGUCUGCAGAGACAGAGAGAUGGCAAAGACAAGUGACUGAUAAGCAAUAUUUGUCUUCAGUUGGAACAAACUCACCCUUAAACCCUCAGUUUCUUAGUUAAUAGACGACAUAACCACAUAUUUACUCUGAUAUUGUUCUACCUUAUAGAUUAAGUUCACUCUUCCUCCGAAAAUUGUACACAAGAGCAAAAAAAUACAACUUUUUAGGGACUUGUUAUGUUUCAGAUAUGAAAGAAUAAAAUGGCUUUCAGUGGUGUUACUACCUGCAACCUGCUACUGGGAAAACACAUGGAAAACUGUGAUUUAAAGAGAAACUACAAAAAUCUGAUUCUUCAAAUGAAUUAGGUUAAUUGAAACUAUAAUUUACUGUUAGAGGCUCAACAAAAGGCCUACUCUGCAAAGCUAGCUUUAACAAAACGCGCUUUUUUAUUUAUUUAUUGUCGAUAAAGUAUGAGAUUUGCAAAUCAUUGCCUUUUGUUUUUAUUUCCAUUUUACACAACUACUUUGGAAAUUUGGGUUGUAAAUAUUUACUGAUCCUUUUCACUUAUUUCUUCAGAAAAUUUAAGGAAGAGCCAGAAGUACAUUUCAGUGAGAUCACUACAGAUGCCUACUUUGAGUAUAAAAUGGAUCAUUUAAGGGUUUAGUUUUAUUUGUUAUUGCCAAAUAACAGGAACUUGUCAGGAGGUAGGUAACGCCACCUGAACGCCUUUUUAUUCCAGAUUAAAACAUGCGAGGUGAAAUUUAUUUUGCGUGGAGUUGAAGUGGUUUGUUUGUGAAGUGUUUUUUUAAGUGAUUUUUUUAAGUGUGUUGAAUUUUUUGGGCAAUCUAUGUCUUCCGGUGUCAAAGCACUGUAUGUGUCUGUGAGCUGCUGCACAUUAUAACAGUAACAGAUUGUUCACCCGUGCCAUAAUUAUUAUAAUGAUCUCGAACACACAAAUAAUGUAGUAUUUUAUGUCGAAAGUCCUGGCUGUAAAGGUGCGGGAGUUCUGAACGACUCGUUUCUAAAACCUCUGAGGUGAUAACGUUGCAUCGCCUGUGUUAACCUUAAAGACAAAGUAGCGUAGUUAUCGAUUCCAAGUGUUCUGCUCGCAAUAGAUCUGUGAAAUCUGUGAAACUAAAGCCAUGUAUGAUGUGCAACAGGUUGUGUUUUUAUUGGGGUUUCAGCCCUUCUUCCUGACUUGAUCAGCUGUUCUUCCUGUAGAGUCCUGCCUUGUUUCUGAUCACCUGACAAGGUUUCUACAUCCUGUUAUCUGAUUUAAUCGUAAAAACACCCUUCAGGUGGACUGGAUGCUGACAUGGACUUGUUUUUAUGUACUGAACAUGUAGACGUGUAUGUGUGUGUGUGUGUGUGUGUGUGUGUGUGUGGAGAGGAGGAUGUUUAUUAUUCUGAAGUGCCUCUUUUUUAUGUUUAUUUAUAUCUGUAUGCUGUAAGUCGUGUCACCUUCCUGGGUUUUUGUACAGCAUUUUGAUAAAUGUCAUGUACUCUAUAAUGAUAUCAAACAAGAAAAAAAAUCUUUCAGGAAUAAAAAAUAAUUAAAAAGAAAA